UCAUGUUUGAGGAAGUAAAACUGUCUCAGUCUCAGUUAUCGAGAGGAGAAAUGGCACAGAAAGGAGUUCAGCUGGACCAGGAAACCUUUUCUUGUUCCAUCUGUUUGGAGGUUUUAAAGGAUCCGGUGACUAUUCCCUGUGGACACAGUUACUGUAUGAACUGUAUUAACAACUACUGGGAUGAAGGAGAGAAGAAACUCCCCAGCUGUCCUCAGUGUAGAAAGACAUUUAUACCGAAGCCUGUGCUGGUGAAAAGCACCAUUUUAGCUGAUUUAGUGGAGCAGAUGAAGAAGACUGGACUCCAAGCUGCUCCUGCUGAUCACUGCUAUGCUGGACCUGAAGAUGUGGCCUGUGAUUUCUGCUCUGGAAGAAAACUGAAAGCUGUCAAGUCCUGUUUGGUCUGUCUGGCCUCUUACUGCGAGAAUCACCUUCAACCUCAUCAUGAUUCAUCUACAUUCAAGAAACACAAGCUGGUGGAUCCGUCCAAGAACCUGCAGGACAACAUCUGCCCCCGUCAUGAUGAGGUGAUGAAGAUGUUCUGUCGUACUGAUCAGAAGUGUAUCUGUUAUCUCUGCUCUGUGGAUGAACAUAAAGGCCACGACACAGUCACAGCUGCAGCAGAAAGGACUGAGAGGCAGAGAGAGAUGGAGGUGAGUCGACAACAAAUCCAGCAGGAGAUCCAGGACAGAGAGAAAGAUGUGAAGCUGCUUCAGCAGGAGGUGGAGGCCAUCAAUCAGUCUGCUGAUAAAACAGUGGAGGACAGUGAGGAGAUCUUCACUGAGCUGAUCUCUCUCCUCCAGAAAAGAAGCUCUGAUGUGAAGCAGCAGAUCAGAUCCCAGCAGGAAAGUGAAGUGAGGAGAGUCAGAGAGCUGGAGGAGAAGCUGCAGCAGGAGAUCACUGACCUGAAGAGGAGAGACGCUGAGGUGAAGCAGCUCUCAGACAUCAAGGACAAUAACCAGUUUCUCCACAACUACCCCUCACUGUCACCACUCAGUGAGUCCACACACUCCUCCAGCAUCAGCAUCCGUCCUCUCAGAUACUUUCAGGAUGUGACAGCAGCUGUGUCAGAGGUCAGAGGUCAACUACAGGACAUCCUGAGAGACAUGUGGACAAACAUCUCUCUGACCAUCACUGAUGUGGAUGUUUUACUGUCAGAUUCACAAUCAGAACCAAAGAGCAGAGCUGGAUUCUUGAAAUAUUCAUGUGAAAUCACUCUGGAUCCAAACACAGUAAAAACAUCACUGUUACUGUCAGAGGAGAACAGAAAGGUGACUUAUAUGGAGAAAUGUCAGUCUUAUUCUGAUCAUCCAGACAGAUUCACUACAUGUUCUCAGGUCCUGAGUAGAGAGAGUCUGACUGGACGUCAUUACUGGGAGGUGGAGAAGAAAGCAGGUGGAGUUGAGGUAGCAGUUUCAUACAAGAAUAUCAGCAGAUCAGGGGAUGAAAGUGGAUUUGGAUUUAAUGACAAAUCUUGGUCACUAGGUUGUUCCUCAGACAGUUAUGUAUUUUGGUACAACACCAUCCAAACCUCCAUCUCAGGUCCUCAGAGCUCCAGAAUAGGAGUUUACCUGGAUCACAGAGCAGGUGUUCUGUCCUUCUACAGCGUCUCUGAAACCAUGACCCUCCUCCACAGAGUCCAGACCACCUUCACUCAGCCGCUACACGCUGGAGUUUGGGUUGGUUUAACUGAUGGAGCCUCAGCUGAGUUCUUUCAGCCACAGAUCAACCCCCACAAGCUGCAGGCCCUGAUGGAGUCCUGCAGUCCUGCCAAGCAUCACACCAACAAAGACUGUGAUGAACCUGCAGCCUUCACAGAAGUAAAACUGUCUCAGUCUCAGUUAUCGAGAGGAGAAAUGGCACAGAAAGGACUUCAGCUGGACCAGGAAACCUUUUCUUGUUCGAUCUGUUUGGACCUUUUAAAGGAUCCGGUGACUAUUCCCUGUGGACACAGUUAUUGUAUGAACUGUAUUAACAAGUACUGGGAUGAAGGAGAGAAGAAACUCCCCAGCUGUCCUCAGUGUAGAAAGACAUUUAUACCGAAGCCUGUGCUGGUGAAAAGCACCAUUUUAGCUGAUUUAGUGGAGCAGAUGAAGAAGACUGGACUCCAAGCUGCUCCUGCUGAUCACUGCUAUGCUGGACCUGAAGAUGUGGCCUGUGAUUUCUGCUCUGGGAGAAAACUGAAAGCUGUCAAGUCCUGUUUAGUCUGUCUGGCCUCUUACUGCGAGAAUCACCUUCAACCUCAUCAUGAUUCAUCUACAUUCAAGAAACACAAGCUGGUGGAUCCCUCCAAGAACCUGCAGGACAACAUCUGCCCCCGUCAUGAUGAGGUGAUGAAGAUGUUCUGUCGUACUGAUCAGAAGUGUAUCUGUUAUCUCUGCCCUGUGGAUGAACAUAAAGGCCACGACACAGUCUCAGCUGCAGCAGAAAGGACUGAGAGGCAGAGAGAGAUGGAGGUGAGUCGACAACAGAUCCAGCAGAAGAUCCAGGACAGAGAGAAAGAUGUGAAGCUGCUUCAGCAGGAGGUGGAGGCCGUCAAUCAGUCUGCUGAUAAAACAGUGGAGGACAGUGAGGAGAUCUUCACUGAGCUGAUCUCUCUCCUCCAGAAAAGAAGCUCUGGUGUGAAGCAGCAGGUCAGAUCCCAGCAGGAAACUGAAGUGAGGAGAGUCAGAGAGCUGGAGGAGAAGCUGCAGCAGGAAAUCACUCACCUGAAGAGGAGAGACGCUGAGAUGAAGCAUCUCACAGACAUCGAGGACCACAACCAGUUUCUCCACAACUACCCCUCACUGUCACCACUCAGUGAGUCCACACACUCCUCCAGCAUCAGCAUCCGUCCUCUCAGCUACUUUGAGGAUGUGACAGCAGCUGUGUCAGAGGUCAGAGGUCAACUACAGGACAUCCUGAGAGACAUGUGGACAAACAUCUCACUGACCAUCACUGAUGUGGAUGUUUUACUGUCAGAUUCACAAUCAGAACCAAAGAGCAGAGCUGGAUUCUUGAAAUAUUCAUGUGAAAUCACUCUGGAUCCAAACACAGCAGACAAAGAGCUGUUACUGUCAGAGGAGAACAGAAAGGUGACUUUUAUGGACGAAGAUCAGUCUUAUUCUGAUCAUCCAGACAGAUUCACUGAAUGGUCUCAGGUCCUGAGUAGAGAGAGUCUGACUGGACGUCAGUACUGGGAGGUGGAAAAGAAAGCAGAUGAAGUUGAUGUAGCAGUUUCAUACAAGAAUAUCAGCAGAUCAGGGGAUGAAAGUUUAUUUGGAUGUAAUGACAAAUCUUGGUCACUAGAUUGUUCCUCAGACAGUUAUGUAUUUUGGUACAACGACAUCAAAACCUCCAUCUCAGGUCCUCUGAGCUCCAGAAUAGGAGUUUACCUGGAUCACAGAGCAGGUGUUCUGUCCUUCUACAGCGUCUCUGAAACCAUGACCCUCCUCCACAGAGUCCAGACCACCUUCACUCAGCCGCUCUACGCUGGAGUUUAUGUUGGUGACACUGAUGGAAACUCAGCUGAGUUCUGUAAACUCAAAUAGAUGCAUUUCCUCUUCAUGUUUUCAUCUCAGUUUUUAUUGAUUUUCUUUUCUUCUCAGAGAUGAACGUCUCAAACUCUGAUCAAUGGAGGGACGGAAUAUUCAUAUUAUUAACAUCUUUUAUUUCAGUAUAAAAACACAGAAAUAAGCCUGUGUUGUAAUUGUUGUUAAUUGUCAGUUUGGAUGUGUUUCUAUGUUGUAUUUCUCUUUUCUUCCACUUCAUGGACUCCAACAAAG